AUGGGGAUCACAUUCUCCUCCAUGCUAGGUCCUCUAGCCUUCUGGUCGCGCAAUCGAGAAGUGCGCAUCCUCAUGCUAGGACUAGACAGCGCAGGCAAGACCACCAUCCUGUACCGAUUACAGUUGGGUGAGGUGGUGGGUACGACACCAACGAUAGGCUUCAACGUCGAGACUGUACGCUACAAGAACAUCUCCUUUCAAGUAUGGGACUUGGGAGGUCAAAGCAGUAUCCGACCUUAUUGGAGAUGUUAUUACGCAAACACUACCGCCAUCAUCUUUGUCAUCGAUGCGGCCGAUGCAAAGAGGUUGGAUAGCAGCAAGGAAGAGUUGCACGCCAUCUUGCAAGAAGAGGAAUUGAAGAAUACGAAAUUGUUGGUGUUGGCCAACAAGCAGGAUCUGGAUCAUGCGCUCAAGGCGGAACAGAUCACCGAAAGACUCGACUUGGUGGAGAUGAAGGAGAGGAGCUGGACUGUGCAGGGAUGCUCCGCACUCAAGGGUCAAGGGUUGGAAGAGGGCUUGGAUUGGUGAGUCGUACAUUUACGCUGCCAUUGCGCAGGUCAUCGACCGCGCCGCGAGACCACUGCGGCAGCGGCAGCAGCUCCCUAUUCCCAGCCAUCGCACGUGUCUACUCUGACACUCGAUCCGCCCCUUUUACGCUUCGCUAUCUGCAGGCUGGUCAGCUCUUUGUAUUGA